AUGCUUAAGCAGGUGCAGUACUGUGGUACAGUUUUCUUUCUCUUAACAUUAGUUUACAUUACUAGGAUAGUUUUAAGUGAAAUAUUUGAAGAUGAAAGCUCAGAGGUCGAUGAGUGGCUGGAGCAGAACGAUCUUGGAGAUUACAAAAAGUUGUUUAAGGAUUUGGUUAACAAUAACACUGUUUUUGGCUUCAAUAUGUGGCAAUUCGAGGAUUCCGAGAUUUGCUCAAUCGGGAUGAUCCAUCCUUCGCACAGUCGCCACUCGGGACUGUCACUAUUGUCUGGCAUGUCUACGUUUUCAGGAAUAUCCACACUAUCAGGAUGCGGGUCGCCAGAGAAUAUGGAAAGGUUACCGGAGUUGCCUGCGUCGGAAGAGAGGAGGCUGCGAAGGGCGGCACACGUGCUGCAGCAGAGACUGGUCCUGCGACAGUGGUUGGCCACGCAUAAAUUACAACACGCUUAUUCAAAGUUGCUCAGCCUGGACGUAUCCUCCCUCGAAGAUGUGUACUGGCUCGAGGACACGACGGCGCGCCACGUCAUUGACGCGAAAGACUUCAGCGCAUGGUCGGCGGCGCGCCAGAGCCUGCCCACCGGCAAGGAGGCGCUGCAAACCCUCAAGUCGGACCUGUGGAGCGCUGUCGUUAAGAGCAGCAAGCACCAAGAUGCUUGGACUUGGGGCGGCAUGCUGGUGGUGUCCAUCUCGGUGUGCGGGCUGGUGACGCUGGCGGCCAUGACGCAGCCGUCGCUGGCGCCCGAGGCCAAGCACUCGCUGCUGCAGUACGUCACCGGCAAAUACCUGCACCCGCCCAGUUGUAAGGUGGAAUGGGGUUGGGAGGAGCCUCAGCCCGUGGGGGAGACCAUGUGCUUCACGGUGUACUGCUACCAGCGCAACGGCCAGCCCUACCCCAUCUGCGACACCGACGAGCUCGUGGUCAACAUCUCCCACGGGACUAGGAAGAUCGCGGCGGUGGUGGAGCUGGGCUCGGGCGACCCGGCGCGCGCGCACACGGCGCGCGUGCAGUUCACCGUGCGCAGCGCCGGCCUCUAUGUCAUACACGUACUCAUCGGCGGGCAGAGCGGGUGCGGCGGGCCGGCGCGCAAGUGGUUCGCGGCGGGGCGGCCGGAGGCGCGGCGCUCGCGCGUGGGGCGCGCGCCCGCCGCGCUGGUGUGCACGGCGGGCCGCGCGCGCCGCCUGCACGUGCACCCGCGCGACCGCUACGACAACCCCGCGCCGCUCGACCGCCCCGCCGACCAGGGCUUCUCCAUAGACAUCAGCCCGCUGGACGGGGAGGGCGGGGAGGGCGGCGAGGGCGGGGAGGGCGCGGAGGGGUGCGCCGCCACGUUCGAGUACGACGCGGUGAACCAGCGCGUGAGCGUGGCGCUGAGCUUCGCGGCGGCCGGCGUGUUCCGCGCCGCGCUGCGCUACGACGGCGCGCUGCUGCACAACGGCGAGUUCGACUGCAUCGUGCUCACGCCGGGCGACGCGGCCACGGUGCAGCGCGGGCUGGGCGCGCGGCGCGGCGCGUGCUACGAGGCGCGGCUGCUGGGCGCGCGCGCGCGCCGCGUGCUGCUCGUGCUCAGCGCCAAGCAGCUGCUGGUCAAGGACUACUUCCUGCGCUUCAUCCCCAAGCGCAUCACCUCCUUCCGUCUCUGCCCCUCCACCAAGCUGGUCCUGAGCCCGCGCGCGCGCGGCGCGGCGCCCGGCGGCGAGCUCACGCUGGAGGACGGCGUGCAGCCGGCGCUGCGGCUGUGGGCGGCGCAGCGCGACCUGCUGGCCGCCACCUUCACGCAGCUGCUGGUGGCCAACUGCGGCGGCGAGGACUGCUUCAAGAACAAGCAGGACUUCUUCUACAGCGAGGUGCGCAAGGCGCACGCGCGGCACCCGCACGAGCGCCUGGCGCUGCGCGUGCGGCGCGCCGACCUGCUGCGCUCCAGCCUGCGCGCCACGCGCCACUUCGCGCCGGCGGACUGGUGCCGCAGCUUCGACGUCAGCUUCGAGGGCGAGCAGGGCGUGGACUGGGGCGGCGUGCGGCGCGAGUGGUUCUCGCUGCUGUGCGCGCAGCUGUUCGACGCGCGCGCCGGCCUCUUCGCCGCCGCGCAGGACGCGCCCGCCGGCCUCGUGCGCCCCAACCCCGCGCCCGACCGCCCGCCGCACCUCAAGCUGAAGCACUUCGAGUUCGCGGGCAAGGUGGUGGGCAAGUGCCUGUACGAGAGCGCGCUGGGCGGCGCCUACCGCCAGCUGGUGCGCGCGCGCCUGGCGCGCUCCUUCCUCGCGCAGCUCAUCGGCCUGCGCGUGCACUACAAGUACUUCGAGCAGGACGACCCGGAGCUGUACCUGUCGAAGAUCAAGUACAUCCUGGAGACGGACCUGGACGCGGAGGACGUGCCCGAGAUCUACUUCGCGGACGACGUGUACGACCGCGCCGGCCGCCUCGUGUGCACGCGCGACCUCGUGCCCGGCGGCGCCGCCAUACGCGUGCGCAACAGCAGCAAGCUGCAGUACCUGGACGCGCUGGCGCAGUGGCGGCUGGCGGCGCGCGCGCGCGCGGAGACCGACGCCUUCCUGCGCGGGCUGGCGCUGCUCGUGCCCGACCACCUGCUCGCCAUCUUCGACGAGAACGAGCUGGAGCUGCUGAUGUGCGGCACGGAGGAGGUGUGCGUGGCGGACUGGCGCGCGCACGCGCUGGUGGGCGGCGCGGGGCGCGAGUGGCGGCGGCGCCUGGCCUGGCUGUGGGCGGCCGUGGGCAGCUUCAGCGCCGAGGAGCGCGCGCGCCUGCUGCAGUUCACCACGGGCUGCGCGCAGCUGCCGCCCGGCGGCUUCCGCGACCUCAGCCCGCGCUUCCAGAUCACGCCCGCGCCCACCUUCGGCGCGCUGCCCACCGCGCACACCUGCUUCAACCAGCUCUGCCUGCCCGACUACGACUCCUACGAGCAGCUCGUGCGCGCGCUGCUGUGGGCCAUCAACGAGGGCGGCGAGGGCUUCGGCAUGAUA